ACGAGGAUGGCGCGGCCGGGAAAUCUCGCGCGCGAAAUGGAAGUAGAGAGUGAGGAGGAUAGGAUUUGUCGCUGAGAGGAAGAAGAAGCGUUGGGCUAAAAGGAGUCGCGUUCAUGGAGAGCGAGUCAAAUCAUUUUGCUGCUACGGUGGAAACGGAGCGCGUGCCAAGAGCGGUUGAAAAACAUGUCGUCGAUUGGACUCUCUUCCAGUCUUCUCGUUCUUUUUGGCUUACUGCUAGGACAAUGCAGUGCCCAACUGAAGAGCCGCUGCAAGAUCCAAGAUCUGCGUGACUGCGGGUCCGACUACGUGGUAUAUAGCAAUGCCACAAGGCUGGCGGAGGGCGGACCGGAGUUCCAGCGCGACUGCGAGUUGUACCUGAAGCAGAUCGAUUGUUCUAAAAAAUUUGGCGACCGAUGCCUGCAGAACAUCGCCCGCGUCGUGACUAUGCUGGCGCUGAACGCCGCUGAGGAGGACUUCGAGGCCGCCUGUACAGAGGGCAAUGAACGCCAGCAAUUGUACAUGUCCAGCAUCAAGUGCAUGAACUCGGUCGGGUCCAAGCUUAACGUGUGCAUCAAGAGCCUCUACGAGGGCCUGCAGACAGCCGUGGCCAAUGCGCAGCGCGAUGAAAUCGUCUACUAUUCCUGCUGCUCGUACCACAGCACGGUGGAUUGCGUCGAGGCAGCGUUGGCCAAGUGCGACGAACCGGACUCCCCGGCGCGCGAGUACAUUACCAGCACCAUGGAGCGAGUCUUCGGCCAGGUACUGAGUCUCGUGUGCGGACCCUACUCGCGUGGAUCCGCAAGCUGCCAAGAGCUGCCAUCACUGCCCCCUCUGGCGGUCAACGCGGCUAGGACGCCGAGCCUGGUCGAGCUCGCCAUCGAGAUUGCGACGUCACUUCGCAAGAAGCCCUAGACAUCGCUUUUGAAAAGCCUAUGAGAGAAACAUUGCUAACUAUUACCGCAAACUCGAAAAACACCACGUGUACGAAACCAACAGUAUGAAGCUUAGAGCAUUUCGUAUAUUUUAGAUUCUUUAUUGGUAUAUUCUUGAAGGACAGAUUAGCGCCGAUAGGAGGAAGCGGCUACUUUUCCUAUAGGUCACUGGCACACAAGUAUCAGAAAACACAGUGCGAAUUAAGAGCACACUCUCCAAAGCUUUUUUUAUAUAAAUUCAUAAAACCACAGCAGAUACUAUGCAAACUUGUACAUACAUGCAGAAUUUCAUGAACAGAAAAGCAUGCAUCGCAUUCAUUACGUGCGUAACGAAAUCCGCGACUCUGCAAUUGUGUGUUUGUGUGUGCGCUUCAUUUUAUUUUUGUUGUUAUCUUGCGUAAUUGCACCAAUCCAUCACACUCACCUGCUGUGACAUUGGAAUUGCGGCGCUGCUCUUUUCCUCUCUUUGUUUAUGUACGCGAUUACAACUUAAGAGAAACGCUGUCUAGGGAGCGAAAUUUCCUCGAAACACGCAGCCGCGAAUUGAUGACGAUGCCAUAUCUAACUUCUACCUCUCUCCCCACAAUAUGGAAACGAAGCUUUUACAAUGGCAUAAUGAAACUUUGAUUACCUGACGCUGCAUUCACAGACAAGUUGCACGCAGCGGCAGACAAGAGUCGCAGACAAGAGGCAGCAAUAUUUCAGUAAGAGUAGUGCUUUUAAAAAACUGUAUUUAAGGAGAGUGUGGUGCCUACAUGUGCAUUCGGCCCUAAACUGAAGGCUUUCACCCUAUAGGAAGAGCUCUUACCCAUG